ACUCGUUUCGUCAGGAAGUGUCCUUGGUUUUUAAUGAAUUGCACAUCGUACACGAGUUUGCAAAACAGAUCGGACUUCCUAGUCAGCUGAUGGUCAAAUUGCGUUUUGGCCAACAUGUCUGAUAACGGACAGAGACAUUCGCUUCAAGUAGUGUAACCGCCGUGAAAAUGCUAGUGAAGAAAAUUCGCAGUGUUUGUCAAUAUCAGCUGUGAAAAUGUCAGAUAGCUGUUCAGGCAGCUAUGGACAAGAAAAUCGUUGGGAAAUCGUCGUAAAUUCCAUGUCAGCACGUACUUCUAAUUUUGGACUACUCUCGAAGCUCGUUCCUAAAUUGCCUUAAAAUGCUGUUCGUAUUCCAAGUGGACACUGGCCGAAUGAUGACUUUCGAUAUGAGCCUCGCUCUAGAAAGCGUGCAAAACCUGAAAAUUCACGUGGAAAGCGCGUUCAAGAUCCCCGUCGAUAAGCAAGUCCUUCUGAUCAGCGGUGGUGAACAUUUGCGUCCCGACGACAGGGUUUGCUCGUAUCCGGCUGGGACUGAUACGAAUCCGAUUUUUCUAUUCAGCAAGUAUUUGAUCGAACGUGAUCAACCGCCUGCGGCUAGCGUUGAUUAUGGAUCCGAGCAUGCUAUGUUCAUAGAUUUUACCGCCAAAGUGAAAGAAUCCAGCGACCUGCCACCCACAUACAACACAGUACAAAGAAGAGCCCAACUAGCGCGACAAUUUUGCGAAAGCAGUCAACUCCAAAUGGGACUAUGCGAAAGGCUGGUUCAUGAACAACACCUACAGCAGCAAGGAUGGUCGGCCGUCAUAGCAAACUUAGAGGAUUUAAGUGUCGAAUUGAGACACCGCUGGAAAGUGUACCAAGAGUCGUUCAACGAAUACAUAGCAAAGCGUGACUCGUAUAUGGAUUUUUUGAACCAAUUCAAAGAUGAUCUCGUUAAAUUAAAAAAAAUUCCUGUGUUACCUGCCCUUAUAGAAUCACAAAAAUUAAUAGUACCUGAGCAAGAUGAUUUCUCUGAGGAUCAACAAACCGUGAGUGUCAGAUCUGAAGUGUCGCUUAUGGAUUGGAUAUCUGAGAAGGAUAAUUUUAUGGAUUGUUUGUUUGAGGAUUGUUCGAAAGGACUUACACAGACGGACAAGAACGAGUUCGAAAUGUUAGAAAAAGAAAUAGAACGAAAUUUAGAAAUGACUGAGAAUAUAACCAUGAAAGAAAUUAAAGGACUGGGCGAUAGACUUUUCGGUUUGGAGAAACUAAUGCAAGAUGCGAAACGAUACGUUAGCGAGCAAGUCAAAAUUGCCGAAUCGUUUCAGAGGUUUUUUCAGAAUCACAGUAGGACGGGUCAAUUCAAGGAGCAAUCGGUGUUGCCAGAUUUGUGCGCUACUCAUUUCCACCAGCUGAACGUUCUUCUGGAGAACUACAACCGUUUACGUGACAUCACGCGCCGGUGUAUUAAGUGCAAAGACGAACUCAGUUCUAAUCUGUAUCACAGACUUAAAUGGAUUGUGUUCAUGGAAGAUACUCUAUCCGAAUUCGACAAUAAACUAGUGUUCAGCUAUCAUAAUUUGUUGAGUUUGCAAAGGGAGUUGGAGAUUCUAAAACAGGUCCACACGGCACCGGCUACGUAUUUUGCGUCGAUUGUUGAAGUCGUUCGAAGGCGGAAGGUGUCGCAGUCUUACUUACUGUGGGCUUCAGACGUCGCUUGCCACAUGUUCACCCUUUAUAAUGACGAAGUCGCGAGGCGGAAAGAUUUCCAAGCUCAAAUCGAUGGUCACUUUCUCAGUUCUCUCUUCCCCGGCAUGGACGAUGUUCCUCCAAAUUUUGCCACUCAAGCGCCAUCUAUGUUCGAUUCGGGCUUGCCAAAACUCUCCGAAGAGGACAUUCAUGGGUUGAAAGAAACGUUGCCGGACAUGGCUGACUAUUUACACAUACCUGAUACAUCAGCAGUCACGAAUUAUUUUAUGCUGAAAGACGCGAAAGAAGAUCUAGAUAAGAAUGUAGAUAAGACGGUGGAAGAUAAAUUGAUUGAAGUCGUCGCCGAAGCUGGGUUGAGUAGCAAUUUAGACCAAAAUAUAUUGAAGGCGAUUGAUAACGAGCCUCAGGAGCCUCAACAGACAACGUCGCACGGACUUCCCCAUCUGAAAGAUCUGGACAGGGGUUGCGAGUCGGAGACGGACACAGAAGAGUUUGAAAAGGUGGGUCAGAGUCCUUUCGACUUACAUUUUGAUAAAGGAAUCCCGUCCCCGCGGCCCGGCACUCAAGACGCCUCCACUUUAACCGAGGAUAAUUUGCAAAUCUCGAGGUCGGAAUACGAGAAGUUGAGGACAGUUCUUAUUAAGUUAGCGCAAGUCGGACGGCAGUUUAAUAGUCAGCUUAGAUCAGAGCUGGCCGAAACGAAAAACCAAAUCUUACAAGGAAAAGUAUUACUGGAGGAAGCUUGCGGGAUUUUGAACACGGAUAUCAAUAACACUAUCGUUGAAAAAGAGAACAGGCAGCGUGAAGUAAUCCAACGACUAACUGUUGAUCACGAAUUAGAAAUUAGCGACUUUAGAAAAAUAGCUCAAUCUAAGAACGAAGAAAUUAAGAGUUUGCGUGACGAGAACGCGACGUUAAAUACCGAAUUGAAAAAAGCGACGGAGGCGAAUAACGAAUUACAGCGGAAGAUGGAGGAGAUGAGUGAUCAGAGUUCCAAAGACAUGGACGAUUUGAGGAGGAGAGUAGACGAAUUGAUGGUGGACAGAGAAAAGAGUAUUAAAGAUUUGACUGAAAGGCUUAAAAGUGAGCACAAAAGUGAGCUGGAGAGUAUUAGAGCACGGUUUAAAUUGAUGACUAUGGAACGAAGUCCGUCGGAGAACAGUCUGGAGAAAAUCGAACGAGGAGAUUAUUCUAGUAUUACUAACCACGAAGCGCUUUUGUUACAAAUGACGGAGAAUUUUGAAUCGGAGAAAGAAGUGGCUGUGAGUGACGCGAUCAGUAAAGAGAGUCAGAAAUGGCAGAAGAUCUUGGACGAUCGAGUCAAACAACUGGAAAACGAGUUCCAGCAACAGAGGGUGUUCCUCAUACAAGAUAUACAAACUAGGAUACAACAAGACCAAGAAAAACAGAUCACUGAGUUACGGGAACAGGUUAAUAAUUUGAAUGUAGAAAGCAUAAAACAUAAAACAACGAUACAACAACUGACCGACUACCGAGGGGAUAGUGGCAGUGAAUUGAUGCAGAGAAUUGACAACUUGGAAAGAGACAAAGCGGCUUUGAGAACGGAGUUAGAGAGAUAUAAGAGUGAUACGACGAUGGGGGCGUCGGUCGCUGUUUGUGAAGGGGCAUCCACCACUGACGCGGCGACGAGUCCCGUCAAAUUGCGCAAGCGCAGUGAGGUGUCGUCGCCCAAAGCUGGUAAAUUAAAUAUAGAGUCGUGUAAAACUGGCGAUAUGGUAUUGGUAGUGUGGGACCUAGCCCAUCAAAAUUUCAAAAUUUUACAAGAAAGUAGCUCGUUGUACUUCCUCAAUGCCGACUGUUUAGAAUCUCUGGGACUGAAAGUUGUUGAUGGUCAACCAAACAAACUUUACUGUUACGCUGAAGUCGUUGAAAAAGAAUACUGCCAUGCUAGGAAGGAUGAAAACUAUAGUGUCGUUUUUCAGCCUGUCAACCGAUUCAGGGUGCCUCAAGGCACGAAAUUUUUCCGCGUCAAAGUGAGACCGCCCCCUCCACCGAAAGAAGUCGUCCUGUCAAUGCCGGCGGGACGCGUCUAUCAAUCCUCAGCAAGUGCAUUACCGUCGAGCCACAUGUCGCAGAGUCAGACGACGACGAGUUCGCACGUGGCUGACGUCAUCGCCUCGUCGGGUCCAUCACACUCUCUGCCUUCCAGCCCCUCGCGGAGCAACUGGGAGAAGUCGGAGUCGCAGGAGGCGACGAUACCCGAAGAGAAGGGCGAAGACUCGGCGAGCGGGCCGAGGAACGACGAAGAGAUCGAGAAGGGAACGGAAUUGACGGAGAAUUUCAAUGUUGAUAAUCAGUCCAGUAUUGAUCGAUCACAAAUUUGUGUAGUAGUAUAGUAGUCCGAGGUACUUCGUAGGUGGUAGGUAAGGUAAAAACGAGUGGCUUUUAAUGUGUCCUCAAUCUCAGUGCAUCGAUGUACUGAUGCAUCGUCACCUAAUUCUAAUUAAUCUAGUUACAGUGUAAAGUUAUUUUACUAACAGUCAUUUAGAACUAACAGUAUCCAAAAUUUCAUCACAUCAUUGGUUUAAUUUCAGUUUGGAUUAUUGCAGGAUUGAAGAGAUUAGCUGCUUACCGCUCUCCUCUCAAAAGUAAGAAUUUUCCUUAAUUUGUGUUAAUCUUAAUCAAGAAUUACUUUAUGUGAUAUUUUAAUAUUGUAAAUAAAACAUUAGUCCAUCACAACUAUAUAUGUGAUUCUGUGGUUGUUUUAAGUAAACAAAUGGGUAUUGGUUCAGGUUACCGUUGUAUGUUUGUAAGAAUUUCCUUUUGGAUUAUAUUCGGAAACAAAAAUGUAUUGUUGACAGAAUAGUUAUUUUAUUCUUACUCCAUUGGUUCACUUACAUUUCCACGUUUUCUACAUAAUAAAAUAAAUAUUCUGUCGUUGUAUUAUGGCCUUACGGAUUUUUGAAUCAAAAUACUAGAUAUUACUUUCAAACAUAGAACAUAGUCUAGUUUUGAUAUUUAUAAAUAAUUUAUUUAACCAUAUAUCCCAUCUCACUACUUUUUAAAAUUUCAAUCGCAUAAAUUUAGACUAAGUACCUACUAGAAGGUUAUUGCAAUCAGAAAUUAUUGUGCCCAUUUCUUUUCGUUUUUAUUACCUAUUAGUGUUUCGAUUGUUUUAGUUUUACUUAUUUCGUGGUGUGAUAAGCGCAAGGACGAGUAUUGAUUGACAUUCUUUACCUUAGUUGAGUAAAUUUGGAAAAUGAUUACUAUUUCGUUUCGACUUAGAAUUUCGUUCAUAAAUUAGAAUAGUGUAUGUGUUUUUUAAGCUUGCAAGUGAGUUUCUGAACAUUAGUAAAAUUAACGUAAUAUUUACAAAUUUUUUAUAAGGAACGCAGUGUGCAAUAAAGAUAUCCAAAAUUA